AUCUAGAGGCCAGAGGCGCCUUCCUGCCGCGUAUAUAACGCAAGUCUGCAGCCGGCAGAACUCACAGUUGCAAACUGCUCAGCGCUGAGGGAGCCAGCGCACAGAGCACAGCGCAGGCAGGAAGGCAAGCGAGCCCAGCCAGCCCAGCCAGCCCCGAGGUCAUUCGGUCGCUCCCCUCAGCACGAUGGAUCUGCAUCUCUUCGACUACUCGGAGCCGGGGAACUUCUCGGACAUCAGCUGGCCGUGUAACAGCAGCGACUGCAUCGUGGUGGACACGGUGAUGUGCCCCAACAUGCCCAACAAAAGCAUCCUGCUCUACACACUCUCCUUCAUCUACAUCUUCAUCUUCGUCAUCGGCAUGAUUGCCAACUCCGUGGUGGUCUGGGUGAACGUCCAGGCCAAGACCACGGGCUACGACACACACUGCUACAUCCUCAACCUGGCCAUCGCCGACCUGUGGGUCGUCCUCACCAUCCCGGUCUGGGUGGUCAGCCUCGUGCAGCACAACCAGUGGCCCAUGGGCGAGCUCACGUGCAAGGUCACGCACCUCAUCUUCUCCAUCAACCUCUUCGGCAGCAUCUUCUUCCUCACGUGCAUGAGUGUGGACCGCUACCUCUCCAUCACCUACUUCACCAACACCUCCAGCAGUAGGAAGAAGAUGGUGCGCCGGGUCGUGUGUGUCCUGGUGUGGCUGCUGGCCUUCUGCGUGUCUCUGCCCGACACCUACUACCUGAAGACCAUCACAUCUGCGUCCAACAAUGAGACCUAUUGCCGGUCCUUCUACCCCGAGCACAGCAUCAAGGAGUGGCUGAUCGGCAUGGAGCUGGUCUCCGUCAUCUUGGGCUUCGCGGUUCCCUUCUCCAUCAUCGCUGUCUUCUACUUCCUGCUGGCCAGAGCCAUCUCGGCGUCCGGCGACCAGGAGAAGCACAGUAGCCGGAAGAUCAUCUUCUCCUACGUGGUGGUCUUCCUCAUCUGCUGGCUGCCCUACCAUGUCGCGGUGCUGCUGGACAUCUUCUCCAUCCUGCACUACAUCCCCUUCACCUGCCGGCUGGAGUACGCCCUCUUCACGGCCCUGCACGUCACGCAGUGCCUGUCACUGGUGCACUGCUGCGUCAACCCUGUCCUCUACAGCUUCAUCAAUCGCAACUACAGGUACGAGCUGAUGAAGGCCUUCAUCUUCAAGUACUCGGCCAAAACCGGGCUCACCAAGCUCAUCGAUGCCUCCAGAGUCUCAGAAACAGAGUACUCUGCCUUGGAGCAGAGCACCAAGUGAUUUGCCCUGCACAGGCGCUGGGACCGGCGUGCUUUUGAACAGGCCCUGUGGUUUUCUAGAGCAAAGCAAAGUAGCUUCGGGUCUUGAUGCUUGAGUGGCGUGAAGAGGCGGGCACGCGUCCCCGUGGGUCCGUUCUCUUUCUCUUGACAACGGGGCUGUCGUUUGGCUGUGCGUGCCGACAGUGUGCAGCAGGCAGUGCUGUGCGUCGGAGCCAGCUGAGGACAGGCUUGCCUGGACUUCUGUAAGAUAGGACUUUCUGUGUUUCCUGCAUUGUUUUUAUAUGGUGAUUUGUAUUUAAAUUGUAAGACUUUAUUUUCUCACUCUUGGCGUACCUUAUAAAUGUAUUUGAAAGUUAAAUAUAUUUUAAAUAUUGUUUGGGAGGCAUAGCGCUGACGUAUAUUCGGAUUGUUGUAGUUUUAAGGUUAGUUUGACUUCGGUUUUGACUAAGGAUGACACUAAUUGUUAGCUGUUUGAAAAUGUUAUAUAUAUAAGUAUAUAUAAAUAUAUAAAUAUAUGCCAGUCUUGGCUAAAAUGUUUUAUUUACCAUAGUUUUAUAUCUGUGUGGUGUUUUGUACCGGCACGGGAAAUGGAAAGAAAACUGCUCUGUUACGCGGUUUGUGACAUUAAUAGUAUUGUAAAGUUACAUUUUAAAAAAAAACACAGAAAACUCUCCUGGGCUGCAAAUCGGCGCACACGACGAACAAUCGCAUUUCAAAAUCUCAAUUUGUAAGUUAUUUUUAUAAAUAAAGUUUUUUUGUUUCCUAAAAAUGCA